AAAUUCUAUAGAAAAUAUUUGUAUUGUGAAAGUAUAAAGCCAGUGUUUUACUAAAAUACUAUGUGAUAACUUUGUAUGUCGUUAUUAGGCCACUAUUAGUUCGUAAAAUGGUGCUACAUGGAGGUUGUGAGACGGAGAUAGAAAUAUUUGAUCAUGAAGCCAGCAUGUAGUGAAGGCGGUGUCGGCACAAACUGCACUUAAUGGUUUUCAUGGAUGAGCGGGAGGGCGCGGGGCGUCGAGAGGACGCCGUGCUGCCCACUACCAUGGAGGCUUGCGGCCCCCCGGUACAGAUGGAGCCGGUGGACUUGAGUCUCAAACGACCCCCCACUCCUAGGAGACGCGGCCGGCCUCCUGCCAGCGCAAUGCCUACAUCAUCGAAGAUCAACCGUGAACUGCGGCCCACGCAACUUCCUAUUGAAUUGAGCCACGAGAUGCCGAAAAUCAAGGUGGGCCCGGAUCUCCGCAACGCGAGAAAACCUCAACACAGCACGACAAAGUUAAAACCACCACAUCAAGACAAAUACCCGCUGAUCCCACCCCACCUAAAACCCGGCUACAACCCCGAACUGAAGAACUUCUUCCUCAACACCGCGCUCCAGCUCUCGGGUUUGAGCCAGCUGAAGAAGGAAGAAGAACAGGAUAGAAGGAGACUACACAAGUGCGAUGUGGCGGGGUGCCACAAGGUGUAUACUAAGAGUUCGCAUCUGAAGGCGCAUAAGAGGACGCAUACAGGCGAAAAACCCUAUUCGUGCGGCUGGGCAGGCUGCGACUGGCGUUUCGCUCGCUCCGACGAGCUGACUAGACACACACGCAAACACACAGGGCAUCGUCCAUUCACGUGCCCCCUGUGCAGACGCUCCUUCGCACGCUCCGACCAUCUAGGACUGCAUAUGAGACGGCAUUGACCAUUUUAUUAUCAUUAUCUACCAUUCUAGACAGACCUUUUCACUAUACCCGUAUCUACAAUUAAUAUAUGUGUUGUAGCGUCAGUGUCAUAAAACCAUACUACUGCGAACAAUGCUUAACUGGCUCCGGCGAGCUGACUCGCCACACAGGGCAUCGUCCUUUCACGUGUCCCCUGUGUAGGCGAUCUUUCGCACGCUCCAACCAUCUAGAACUGCCUAUGAGACGGCAUAGACC